CAGGGCCCAAGCACUUGGGCCAUCCUCCACUGCACUCCCAGGCCACAGCAGAGAGCUGGCCUGGAAGAGGGGCAACCGGGACAGAAUCCGGUGCCCCGACCAGGACUAGAACCUGGUGUGCCAGCGCCGCAAGGUGGAGGAUUAGCCUAGUGAGCCACGGCGCCGGCCAGAUGUUCCAAGAAUUUUUAAAAAGAAUUUACUCUGGCUUUUUAAAAUUUUUAAAAAGAAUUUACGGUGCACUGGCCGCAGCGCGCUGGCCGCGGCAGCCAUUGGAGGGCGAACCAAUGGCAAAGGAAGACCUUUCUGUUUCUCUCUCUCUCACUGUCCACUCUGCCUGUCAAAAAAAAAAAAAAAAAAAAAAAAAAAAAUUCUUGGAACAUCUUAGCAAGUUAACCAGUAUACCGUAUACAAAGGGAAUCUCAAUAAAAUAUAAAGAAAGAAAUCAUUUGAACUGUGUUGUCUGAUCUUAAUUCAAUUAACCAAAAAUUGUUAUAUGUGGCAGUCUGAUAAUUUGCUAUAAGUGAAACCCCACAAAUCCCCAUCUUCUUUAAGUGAUGGUGGUUGAGGUGCAUGAGUGGGAGGUAGAGGUUAAAAACACUUCUGAUGCCUUAAACUUUUGAGUAAGGAAAGACACCUCAUUGUUUUUCUCUAUGGGUUUAAGGGCUGUUUAAAUCUUAUUUAAGGGGAAGAUAUUUCUACUAUACUCAUGUAAUAGAAAAAGUUGAUUUGCCGUUGUAACACAUUUUACUCACAUUCUUGCCUUUUUCCCAUCAAUGCUUAAUAAGUUCUUACACAAGAGGAUUUUUAAAGGGAUAUUUGGUUAUUUCAGCAUAGAUAUAAAUUGGAAGGAGAUUUGAAUAAGUUAUCAUUAAUUCAUCUUCAGUUGUGUGAAAACUUUAUCACAAGUUGUUCAGGUCCAACACACCUACCUUGAGACCAGAGAACUGAAAAACUGAAAAGAGACUGUACUGCUUUAAGUGAAGAAAGCUUUUCAGCACUCAGGUGGAGUCACUUCCGGGCUGGUGAUAAAGCCUAGUUAGGAAUGCUCCUUAAUCAUUUCCACAGGGCAGAAGGGGCACACUCAGAUCAGCAUGAGGGAGUGCCUUUCCAUUCAUAUUGGUCAAGCUGGCAUCCAGAUUGGGGACGCUUGUUGGGAACUUUAUUGCCUGGAACAUGGAAUCCAGCCAGAUGGCAUCCUUCUUGACAGUAAACAGCAUCAGCUGGAAAAUGCUAACAUGGAGCAUAUGAGUACAUCUUUUAACACCUUCUUUUGUGAGACAAGGGCUGGGAAUCAUGUGCCCAGAGCACUCUUCAUGGAUUUAGAACCAACUGUUAUAGAUGGCAUACGUACUGGGAAGUACCGUUCACUCUUCCAUCCAGAGCAGCUGGUUAGUGGGAAGGAGGAUGCUGCGAACAACUACGCACGCGGUCGCUACUCUGUGGGGUCAGAGAUCAUCGAUCUUGUGCUAGAGAGGAUCCGGAAGCUGGCAAAGCAGUGCAGUGGACUCCAGGGGUUUUUGAUUUUCCGAAGCUUUGGAGGAGGUACUGGAUCAGGAUUUACAUCUCUCUUAAUGGAGCAGCUCUCAGCAGAAUAUAGCAGAAAGACUAAAUUGGAGUUUGCUGUCUAUCCAGCUCCCAGGAUCUCCACUGCUGUAGUAGAGCCCUACAAUUCCAUCCUCACUACCCAUUCUACCAUAGAGCACUUGGACUGUGCCUUUAUGGUGGACAAUGAGGCCCUCUAUGACAUCUGCCAUCACAAACUUGGUGUUGAACGCCCCUCUUAUGCCAACAUUAAUAGGUUGAUAGGUCAGGUGGUAUCUUCCAUUACUGCUUCUCUUCGGUUUGAAGGGCCCUUGAAUGUGGACCUAAUUGAAUUCCAGACUAACCUAGUCCCUUAUCCAAGAAUACAUUUUCCCAUGACAACCUUUGCCCCCAUCAUCUCUGCCGAGAAAACCUACCAUGUGCAGCCCUCCGUGUCAGACAUCACUGCUGCUUGCUUUGAGCUCUCCAACCAGCUGGUCAAGUGUAACCCUCAGCUUGGGAAGUACAUGGCCUGCUGCCUGCUCUACAGGGGGGAUGUCAUCCCUAAGGAUGUGAAUGCAGCAAUUGCAGCUGUGAAGUCGAGGAACUCUGUUCAGUUCGUAGAUUGGUGUCCAACUGGUUUCAAAGUGGGCGUCAACAAUCAUCCACCAGAGGUGAUGCCAGGGGGGGACCUGGCCAAGCUCCGGAGGGCUGUCUGUAUGUUGAGCAACACCACGGCAAUUGUGGAGGCCUGGGCCCGCCUAGACCACAAGUUUGACCUCAUGUAUGCCAAGAGGGCAUUUCUGCACUGGUACAUUCAAGAAGGCAUGGAACAAGGAGAAUUCUCAGAGGCCAGGGAAGAUUUGGCUGCCCUGGAGAAGGAUUAUGAGGAAGUGGGGCAUAGUUCCUGAUGCAAGUGUGAAUGGUGGAAAUGAAUGUUAAGUUCUAAUAUGUGCUUUCUCUUCAAGCCAUUAUACAUUUAAUAGAUAGUUUCUCCUUUUAGAAGAGUAUCUAAAUCAAAUCAGGCAAGACCCUAAGUUCCACACUAAAUUACGUGGGUCAUUAUUAACAAUGAUCACAUAUUUCUUUGUCUAAUUCAGCUGUGAUCCCUGAGAGCCUUCUGAGGUUCAGAGUUCUUUGAAUAACUGGUUUAUUCUAGUUGGUGAUUUUUGUUUGUUUGUUUGCCUUUUGUCAGAAUGAAAACCUGGCUUUAUUCUUUCCUUAUAUUUUUUAACCGAGACUGGGAAUCCCUAAAGUUUAUGCUUUUUAUUUCUUGUACUUGAGAUGGAAAAUAUCACAUGAUGAUUAUGAAUGUUGUUUCCCCAUAUCUAUAUUUUAUACAUUGAUUAAAUUAUGAUCAUUUUUAAUAUGUUUCUUUUUAUUCCUGCAGAUGUAUACCUUAAGCCAUCAGUUUGCUUAUCAUACAAACAAAAAGAAAAUCCUUAGAUCUUUUCAACAUUUGGAUCUGGGUGUCCUGUAGGUCAGAGAGUGAAAAUUGUCUCUUCAGCAACCUUGUCCUUGAGGAGCUGUCCUCAAAGCGUGUCCAGUGAGCCCAUCAGAGCCAUUUUAGACAUUCAGUUAAGAGUCUGAUUCUUUUUUCCAUUUUUUAUAUAAAAAUUAUUUUUAUUUAUUUGAAAGGUAGAGUUACAGAAUGGGAGAGGCAGAGACACAGAGAGAGAGAGGGAAUGUUUAUUUUUUAGGGUCAGGGCUGGGCCAGCCAGAAGCCAGGAGCCAAGAGCUUCAUCCAGGUCUUCCACAUGGGUGCAGGGACCCGAACGCUUGGGCCAUCUUCUACUGCUUUCCCAGGCCAUUAGCAGGGAGCUGAAUUGGAAGUGGAACAGCCAGGACUUGAACUGGUGCCCAUAUGGAAUACCUGCCUCAUAGACUGAUGGCUUUACCCCUUAUACCACAACGCAGGCCCCAAGAGUUAAAUAUUAAAUGGCAAUAUGGGGAGCAAUAGGGGUUAUGACCUGAGCAUUUAACAUUUAAAAAAUAUCAGUGGAAUACAGUUUACAAAAUAACUGUUAAUGGACUAUAAAUGGUUUAAGACCACUAGUAAGACUUUUAAAAAUCAUGAUGUUUAGGCCAAUUAAUAUUUCAGAGUUAAGGUGAAGUAGAUACUGCAAACGAGCUGGUGUGGGCUCAGGUGUUGCUCUUGAACAGAGGGUGCUCUCCAGGAGCCUCGUUCCUCUGCUGCUUUACCGUAGGGCCUUAGCUCUCCAGCUGCAUUUUCCUCUUGCCUUCUACAUGGUAAAUUCUUUUAGCCCACAUAGACAUCUAAAGGUAGUGGGUACUACAGUCUCAGCUAGAGACACGAAGCCGUGUCUUUUGUGAGACUUCCCAAACUACAUUGCUGCCACUUUCCUCUUGCUUGUGCAUCACCUCAUCAUUUCCUCCCCCCCUCCUUUCCUCUCUUUCCCUUUCUUCCUUCCCUCCCUCUCUUUCUUUUUUCCUUUCUCCUCCUCAUUACUCUCUCCUUCCUUCCCCUCCUCCUCCCUUCCCCUCUUCCUCCUCCUCCUGAAUCCUCUUCUUCCUUCUCCUCAUUCUGUAAAAUGUGCUUUACUUAUUUCAGCUUCACAGCACAAUUGAGUGGAAAGCAUGACUCUCCAUUUUUUAACAGUUCUCUGGAUAUUCUUUUUUCUUUUAUUUUUUAAGGAUUUAUUUAUUUGAAUGUCAGAGUCACAGUGAGAGAGAGAGAGAGAGAGAGAGAGAGAGAGAGAGAGAAGAUCUUCCAUCUACUGGUUCACUCUCCAGACGGCCACGGUGGCCAGGACUGGUUCAGGCCAAAUCAGGAGUUUCCAGGGGCCCAAGCACCUGGGCCAUCUUCUGCUGCCUUCGCAAGCCAUUAACAGGGAGCUGGAUUGGAAGUGGAGCAUCUGGGACAUGAACCAGUGCCCACAUGUGACUCUGGUGUCACAGACAGCUGCUCUAUCCACCACAUCACAACUCCAGCCCUGUGAUUCUUUAACAUUCUAAAAUCAUGGUCCUGAAAUGUGACCUUUAGCAAUAUGCCAUUUUUGCCUAUUUUCAACAGGAAAACCAUAGUCAUAGUGGACAACAAUGCUUAGUAUAUUAGUCAGUUUUCCAUUACUGUAAUGAAACACCUGAGGCAACAUGUCUUUAUAGAGAAAACAUUUAUUUACCUCACAGUUUGGGGGCUAAAAGACCAAACAGUAUGGAACAGAUUUCCACAAAGCCUCAUGGCAGACAGCAGGAGUGUGUGUAGGAGGAGGAUAGCACAUCUCCAUAUAGGAAACCGGAUUCAAACUAGCUGUGGCCAGGCACAGGCUUUUAUGGCAAUCCUCUCAAGAGAACUAAGGUCUCAUGAGAGGUGCCAUGGUCUCUUUCAAUGGCAUGCUGCAAUUGGCCCAAGGACCUCCUACUCUAAAGGUUUACCACCAAACAUUGCUGCACUGAGUACCAAGCUCCCAACAUAUGAACAUUUAGGGGUGCAAAUAAUAUCCAAACCACAGCAAACAGUUGGGUGGCAAUGAUAGUUAGUCUUCAGUGCCUGUAAAGUUUAUGGUUUCGCAGCUCAGACAACUAUCAGAAGUUGCAUUUUUUUCAGUCUCCAAGUAUCUGUCUGGGUCCCCUUUGGACUUCCAAGCCCUUUUGCUAAGCACUUUAUCUGUGCUGACACUAGAACAACAUUAUAGAAUUUCAUUUGGAAUUUGUAGGUUGCUAAUUUCAAGGUGUUCUAAGAUUUUAGUUUUAAUAACUGGGAAAUGAACCUAACUCAAUCUCGUGUCUCUGCCUUGCUAUGGUCAAACAUGUUAAAGAGAAAUUCCCCAAAAGAAGUGUUUUGGUAAUCCUCAGUGGUUAUCUUCAUAUCCAACAUUGACCAACAGUGAAUUGUCUGGUUCUUUAUUUAAGUGUGAAAGAAAACCUUUAAUUGAUGAGGAUAUUUUUCUGAAAACAUCUUUUUUAAAAGAUUUAUUUUUAUUUAUUUGAAAGGCAGAGUUACAGAGAGGCAGAGGCAGAGGGAGAGAGAGACAGAGGUCUUCCAUCUCCUGGUUCACUCCCCAGAUGGCUGCAACAGCUGGAGCUAAGCUGAUCCAAAACCAAGAGCCAGGAGCUUCUUCCAGGUCUCCCACAUGGGUGCAGGGGCCAAGGACUUGGGCUAUCUUCUACCACUUUCCCAUGCCACAGCAGAGAGCUGGAUUGGAAGUGGAGCAUCAAGGAUUCGAACUGGCGCCCAUAUGGGAUUCUGGCACUGCAGGUGGUGGCUUUACCUGCUAUGCCAUAGCACCAGGCCCCUGUAAACAUCUUUAUACUGCCUUCACCUUUGAAGGUAUAGAGUUUUAGGAUGAUAGUUAUUCUGCUGUAACACUUCAAAAGAUGUUAUUCCAUUACCCUUUGGUUUCUAUUAUUGCUAUUGAGAAUUCAGCUAUCCAUUUUGUAUCUUUGAAGAUAAGGUUUUUUCUUUCAGUUAUUUAACAAUGUUGUGCUUAGGUAUGGUUUUUAUUGUGUUUAUGCUACUUGGGAUUUUUUUUUUAGAGUUUUUAUAAUCUGUGGCUUGAUAUCGUCUAUAAAUUGUAGAAAUGCUUGGCCAGCAUUUAUUCAUAUAUUAUUUUUGACCAAGUUCUCUUUUCAUAAGACUCAGGCAACACAUGUUCUACAUAUUUCCACAUAUUUACAAAUUUUUUUAUUUUAAAUAUUUUUUCCCAUCUCUCUUUCCUUCCAGCUGUAUAUUUUCUUUAUUUUUUUAAAAAUAUUUGUUUUAUUUAUUUGAAAGACAAAGUUAGAGAGAGAGGUAGAAACAGAAAAUAGGUGGUCUUCCAUCCAUUGGUUCACUCCCCAAAUGGCCACUACUGCUGGAGCUGAGUUGAUCCAAAGCCAGGAGCCAGGAGCUUCUUCUGGGUGUCCCACAUGGGUGCAGGGGCCAAAGCACUUGGGCCAUCCUCCACUGCUUUCCCAGGCACAUUAGCAGGGAGUGGAUGGGAAGGGAAGCCGCCAGGACUUGAACCAGCACUCAUAUGGGAUGCGGGUGCUGCAGGCCAGGGCUUUAACCCGAAGCGCCACAGCAACGGCCUCAGCUGUAUAUUUUCUACCUUACCUAAGUUUUGGGAGAUACAGUGUGGAAAUAAUCAAAUCUGUUUGUUCUAUUAAACUCCAAAGACAAUUCAAUUCUGUUUAUUGGUAGUUGUUAGAUCUUUGUUUUUCAUUGGAAACCCAUUUGAAUUGAUACAGAUCCAUGCAUUUAUGAAAAGUCCUAUUACUAUUUUAUGUACAUUUUUAAAUUGGAGUUCAAAAUGGUUAUACUUGUGACAGUUUAUUCCAAUGAUACCUGGAAAAACUGUAGAGAAUUAAUAAGAUUCUUUGUACUUGGAAAGACAAAAUUUGAUGCUUAAAGUACGUAAGAUGCAUUAAAAUAAUGAAUGAGAAAUGAUUUUAUAUGAUAUUUAAAGCUUACAGGGCUGUUUAGUUCUAUUUCUUUGGGAAUUACAAAGUCUCUAAUUUUUACUUUUGCCUUUACUUCUAUUAAACUGCAAUUUACUAGAGAGCAGAAUGUUAAUCUUAGUACUUCUGGCAUCUGACACAGCUGUGUGCAUAUAGUGAAUACUCAUAAAUGUCUCUUGAAGAUAUAAUGAUGUUCCUGGUAAUUGUUUUGAGAUACAUGUUUGCAACUUUUUCUUUUUUAAAGAUUUAUUUUAUUUAUUUGAAAAACAGAGUUUCAGAGAGAGGUAGAGACAGAGAGAGAGGUCUUCCAUCCACUGGUUCACUUCCCAGAUGGCCACAACAGGUGGAGCUGCAUUGAUCCAAAGCCAGGAGCCAGGAGCCAGGAGCUUCUUCCAGGUCUCCCAUGCAGGUGCAGAGCCCCAAGGACUUGGGCCAUCUUUUACUGCUUUCCCAGGCCAUAGCAGAGAGCUGGAUCGGAAGAGGAGCAGCCGGGACUUGAACCGGCGCCCAUAUGGGAUCCCAGUACUUCAGGCCAGGGCUUUAACCCACUGUGCCAGUGUUGGCCCCAUGCAACUUUUUCUUAUUACCAUCUUAUUUCUUGUAGUUCUGUUGUGACUUAGCUGGUAAAGUUAACUGCCUGCGAUGCCAGCAUCCCAAGUGGGCAUUGGUUUGUGGCCCAGCCUCUACACUUCCAAUCUAGCUCUUUGCUAGUGCACCUGGGAAAACAAUGGAAGAUGGCCCAAAUGUUUGAGUCUCUGCCAUGUGGGAGACUAGGAUGAGACUCCUGGCUCCUGGUUUAGGCCUUUACCAGCACUGGCUGUUUGUGGCCAUCUGGGGAGUGAACAUGCAGAUGGAAGAUAUCUCUCUCUGUCUCUGUCUAUUUCUCUCUCUUUCUGUAACUUUGACUUGCAACAUAAAGAAAACAAAUCUUUUAAAAGCUAAACUUUAAAAUAAUCAGAUAUUUGUGAAGUGACAUCUGACAGAGGACAUAUUUUGUAGUGACAGUUCAGUAGAGAAAAUGAUACUGUGUUCUAGUCUAGGUGUCAUCGUCAAAACUGUUGAUUAACUUUGAUCAACUCCUAUGAUGUCCUUUGAUUUCAUAUUUAAUGUCAGUGUUGAGAAGUUAUGAUGGUUGCCUUUUUGUUCUCAAAGAGUGAGAUCAUGAUUGAAAUCAUUUUGAGGACUGUAAAUGCUAAUUAUAUGUAAUAUAAGAAACAUUCUAGGAACUCAAAUAUUUAUUAAAUUGUAAAGUACCAGGACAUAAUCUUAUUUCCUAUCUUAACUAAAAUCAUGUAUAUCUGACUUUAACUUCUUAUAUUUCUUUUCAAUCUCCUUAAAAUGAUUUUGAAUCUUUAAUUAUCCUCCACUAUUUCACAGGAAAAAUGGUUGCUUUUCUAAGAUCAUUUGUUACUUUUGUACCAUUUGACUCCUAAUAUCUAGCAGAUCUAGCUCCUCAGUCUUUCUUGUAGUCCAUUUCCCUUUCUUCAUUGAUUAUGUUCUUUUCCCUACUUGUACGUCUAGCUUUCCUCAUUCAAAAAAUCAAUACCCUUCCGCUCCUGCCCUGGACUUUCCUACCCACAUAAUGUACUGUUAUGUCUUCCACUCUGUCAAAAUUACCUAGAGUAUAUGUUCAGGGGCUGGAGCUGUGGCAUAGCAGGUUAAACUUCCUCCUGGAGCCCCGUCAAUCCUAUGGACCCAGUCUCUGCUUCUGUCUCUCUGUAGCUCUGCCUUUCAAAUCAAUCAAUAAUCAUUCAAUCAAUCAUUCUUUUUCAAGAAAUAUUCAAUGCCUAUACCUUAUCUUCUGCUUGUUCCCCAAACUUUGUUUUUUUGGUUUCUCUGUUCUGCUGAAACAACUGUUUUGAAGAUCACUGAUAAUUCAUCAAAACAAUGACUUUCUCAGCCUUCAGGUUGUCAUGCCCUUAAGUAGCUGGCAAGUUUCCUGAAGCCUUUUCUUUGCGUUCUAUGACACUGCUUGAUUUUCUUCCUGUGUCUGGCAUCUUCCCAGGAUCCUCUUUUAUGUGGUCUUUUCCUAAUGGAGAUACCCUUGGUCCUCUUCUCCUGACCUUAUUUACUCACAACCACAUUAUCUCUAUGUGGUGACUAAGUUUUCUGUCUACUUGUUGGGCUCAUCUUCCUAGAAGCUUUGCCUAUGCUUAAAUUCUUCUCUCUGUUUAUUUUCCCUAAACAUUUUUCAGCACUGUCUUGCUUAUUUAUCAUCAUCUUCCUACAUAAGCUGGUUUUAAACUACAUUGUAUUUUUAACUGCCCUUUCCCCUUGUUCUCCACAUAGAAGUAAUUCUGAUUUUUUUUUUUACUUCUGUGAUGUUUCCAGAAUCUCUUCCCUUUUCCUUCAGGUCAUCAAGUCCACUCCCCUUAACCAGAGCUCUAAUAUCUAAAUACUUUUAUUUCUCUUUUUUUAUUAAAUAAAUAUUUAUUUACUUGAUAAGGUCACGCACACACAGAGACAGAGAGAUAGAGAUCUUCUCUUUCACUGGUUCAUUACCCAAAUGACUUCAAUAGCUAGGGCUGGGUCAGGGCAAAGCCAGAAUCCAGGAAUUCUAUCUGGGUCUCCAAUGUGGGUGGCAGGGACUCAAGUACUUGAGUCAUCAUCUACUGCCUCCCAGGGUGCAGGGAGCUGAAUCAGAAGCAGAGUAGCUGAGACUUGAAUGAGUACUUUGAAAUGAGAUGCAAAUAUUCCAAGCAGCAGCUUAAUCCACUGCACCACAAUGCCAGCUGCUUCUGAUUCUUUUUGCCUUCCUGACCCAACCUAUACACUAUUCUGUGAUUGAACAUUGUUGGAUUAUUUUGCUCUUUUACUCAAGAUUUAAUGAUUUCCACUUGCCUUAGCAUAGGGCCUAAACUCCCACACAUGGCAUGCAGAGCCUCUUCUAACUAGAUCCCACUGAAAUUUCCUAUCCUAUCCUUCACUGUGAUCUCAUACACCACAGGCAAACAAGGCUGCUCACCACUUCUAAGCAUAAAUUUUCCUCUGCUCCUUCUUUCCCCCUAUAAUCACAUUAUUUAAUUUCUACCUCAAAGCCUAGUUCAAAUGUCACCUGCUCUGUGAAGCCUCUCAGGUUUCUUCUCUGUGUUCUUUUGAGUUACCAGAGCAGUCUUGAGCAUCCAUGAAUUCUCACCCCGGAUUUGUGGAUAAUUGGUAUACACUAUAGGAACCUCUCACUAUAUGGACAGCAUUGAAGUAGGUACUUAUUUGUAUUUCCUACAUAAUACUUCACACUUUUAUUAAGUGUAUAUGAAGCAAAAUUUUAAUAUACAUGUGUUGUUUCUCCCUUUGGCCACCAGAGGGCAGGAGUGUGAUGUUUAAAUAAUGUGUGUGUCUAGGUGUGUGUGUGUGUGUGUGUGUAUACAGUGUGAAUUUAAGCAUCCUGAAAAAGACUAUGGAUUUCCUUUUGUGUCUAAAAGUUAAUAAUCUACUAAAGGUCAGAUGAAAACUCAGUUAUUAAGCUUUUAGUUCAGUUUGUGAAUCUUGUUUAUAAGCCUAAUGAAUUUGUCUAAACACUUCUAAAGGGUAUGCAUGUGAAUUUUUGGUCUUUAAAGCUUUAGAUAAAUGCUCUUAAAUAUUUCAAAUUACAUAUAAAUUUAAUAUUUUAUUGUCUUUUUUGACAGGCAGAGUGGACAGUGAGAGAGAGAAAGAGACAGAGAGAAAGGUCUUCCUUUGCCGUUGGUUCACCCUCCAAUGGCCGCCGCGGCCGGCGCGCUGCGGCCGGCGCACCACGCUGAUCCGAUGGCAGGAGCCAGGAGCCAGGUGCUUUUCCUGGUCUCCCAUGGGGUGCAGGGCCCAAGCACCUGGGCCAUCCUCCACUGCACUCCCUGGCCACAGCAGAGGGCUGGCCUGGAAGAGGGGCAACCGGGACAGAAUCCGGCGCCCCGACCGGGACUAGAACUUGGUGUGCCGGCGCCGCUAGGCGGAGGAUUAGCCUAGUGAGCCACGGCGCCGGCGUCUUUUAAGUACUUUAAUUACCCUAAAUAAUUAAAAACCCAAUAAACUAUAAAUAUGGUGAUUUAAUACUGAUAAGUGUUCCAAAACUACUUAUAACUAGUAAGAUGUUUACUUAAGAAAAUAAUUUUCCAUAUAUUUACAAAAUUUACAAUCCAGAAAAUUAAAUUAGAAAUUCAAGGCUGAGUAUGAUUUUUUCUUUUCUGGGUAUUUACAACAUUUUUUUUAAAUUAAGAUUUAUUUAUUUGAGAGGCACAGUUACAGGCAGAGGCAGGGAGAAACAGAGAGAUCCUCAAUCUGCUGUUUACUCCUCAAAUGGCCUCAAUGGCCACAGCUGGGUCAAUUUGAAGCCAGGAGCCAGGAGCUUCUUCUAGGUCUCCCACAUGGGUGCAAAGGCCUAAGCACUUGUGUUGUCUUCCACUGCUUUCCCCAGCCAUAGCAGAGAAAGGGUUGGAAGCGGAGCAGCUGUGACUUGAAUCAGCACCCAAAUGGGAUGCAGGCACCACAGGCAGAGACUUAACCAACCACGCCACAGCUCUAGCCCCUGAUUUUUUUUCUUUUAAGCCAGUACUGUUCAACAUUAUAAAUGCUGUACUUUAAGUACAAAUAUACAGAGUCUUCUUAUCAUGGUACAUUGUUAUUUAAUUUACUCAUUUACCAGUUCCUUACUGAGCACCAGUCAUGUGCUUGUACACUAUUCUAGCCACUGUGAACACAACGUGAACAAAACAAAACAAUCCCUGCCCUUGUAGAGUUUAAUGCAGGUAGGGUGUGAAAGGCACUAAACAUAAUAAAAAAUCAUAUUGCAUGUUACAAGAUGAAAAAUAAUUUUGGGAAAACAAUAGAAUACAGGAGGCGGAAAGAAUUGUAAUUAAAAAAACAUUUAUUUAUUUGAAAGGAAGACAAAGGUAAGAGGGAGAGAGGGAGAGGUGUCUUUCACAUCUACCAGUUUAUUGCCCAAAUGGCUGCAACAGCUAGGCUGGGUCAGGUCAAAGCCAGGUGUCAGGGUCUCAAUCUGAGUCUCCCACAUGGGUGACAGGGACACAAGUCUUAACCCAUCACCAGCUACUUCCAAGGGUGCACAUUAGCAGGAAACGAGGAUGGGGAUGGAAUUGGGACUCAAUGAUACGGGAUGUGGGAGACCCAAAUGAGGUGUUUCCAAUAGCCAAACACCCUAGGAUUGUAGUUUUACAAAGUAGGGUGAUCACUGAACUAUCCAUAGAAAGAAGCACUUGAUAAGAGUUUCAAGGAAGCAAAAAAGGAGAGGCACAUACCUGGACAAAGAAUGAACUCAGAGAGAGGAACCAGUUAAGGAGAUUUAUAAAGAGCAGCCAUUGAGGUAGAAGGAACCCAAUUUAGUGUCCAGGAAGCCAAACUGGAAAGAAGUGUAUCAAGAAGAAGAGAGCAGUCUUCUGUGCCAAACGAUGGUCCUAGGUCAGGUAAGACAGAGGCUGAGACUUGACCUUUGGGGUUAGCGAUGCAAAGGUCCUGGCUGACCUUGGUGAACAGUUUCAGUGGAAUUAUACAGUUGGAAACCUGACUGAAAUGAGUUUAAUAGAAUAUAGAAGAGACAGACUGAUUAGUUGUUCAAAGAGACUUGCAGAGGAUCAGUGUUGUGGUGUAAUGGAUUAAGCCGCUGCCUGCAAUUUUGGUAUCCCACAUGGGUGCUGGUUUGAGUCCCGCUGCUCCACUUCAAAUCCUGCUCUCUGCUAAUGCACCUGGGAAAGCAGCAGAAGAUGGCCCAAGUCCUUGGGCCCCUGCCCCAAUGUGAGAGACCUGGAUGGAACUCCUGACUUCAACCUGGCCCAGCCCUGGCCAUUGCAGCCAUUUGGGUAGUGAAGCAGGGGGUGAAAGAUCUCUAUUUCUAUUUCUCCCUCUCUCUCUUUCUCUCUGUAACUCUGUUUUUCAAAUAAGUAAAGUAAAUCUUUUUAAAAAAGCGUGUUACUAGAGAAAGAGCAGGGAAUGGACUACUCUCUGGAAGAGUUUGCUGUUUUCAUAUUUUACAUGGGAGAAGUAAAAAUGGGUUUGUAUGCUGAUGUGAAAUAUGCAAUAAAGAGGAAAAAGUUAGUGGAUCCAUAUCCCAAGUUGGUGAGAGAGUAUGGGAACUUAGUGCAGAACACUUCAGUAGGAUCAUGGAUGGUUUGUCUAACUUAAUAGAAAGGAAGGCACAGUAUAUGAGUAUAGAUACCCUCAGGGAGGUCAAUGAGGUGGUGGAAUUUCUGUGAAAUUUUACUUUGGAAACAUAAGCAAGAUCACCAACGAGAUCUGAAGGGGGAGGACAUAUUAGAAGUUUGAGGAAAGAAGAGAAUGAAUGAAAGCCUAGGAUAAUAUGGAUAUAUGUGGUGUGAGGAAAUGUGGUGUAGCUUCUGGGCAGUAUAAAGCAUUUAUUUAAGGAGUCUAGUGAGGAUUUUAAAGUGAGGCAAUACAAAAGUGGAUCAGAAAUUCUAGGUAUUUACAAGGGAGCAGCCAUAAUAUUGACCGUGGCAUUUAGGCUGGCAAAGACCAGAGUUAUGAGAUAGGAGGUGAGGGCAGUGAGAGAGGAGCAGGAUUCACAGAUUCUUGGUCUCAGAGGGGCUGAAAGAUUGUUGGAAUUAGAAUCCUAGAGAGAAUGAUCUGAAAAAAAUAGGAGGUAGUGAUCAGAAAGUUUAUGAUGUGUAACAACAAAGUCUGUGGCAUGGUUAUGGGAAUGAGUGAGUGAGGUCUGGUGGAGGACAAGGUCAGAGAGGUAAAAGAGUUUCAGGAACUGAGGGGCCAAGGCCUGGAGAGGUCACCUACAUAUAUGUUCAAGUCACCAAAAAUUAAGACAAGAGCCAAAAUGAGCAAGAAAUGAAGUGGCCUGAUGCAAGUGUCAAUAAAUGAUGAAAGCAAUGUGGGGGAGGGAAUUCAAAAAUUUUUUUUUUAAAGAUGAGUAGAUGCUCAGUAGGUAUCACUCUAUUUUAUUUAUUUAUUUUGACAGGCAGAGUUAGACAGAGAGAGAGAAAGGUCUUCCUUUUCCGUUGGUUCACCCCCAAAAUGGCCACCAUGGCCGGCAUGCUGUGUUGAUCUGAAGCCAGGAGCCAGCUGCUUCCUCCUGGUCUCCCAUGCAGGUGCAGGGCCCAAGCACUUGGGCCAUCCUCCACUGCCUUCCCGGGCCACAGCAGAGAGCUGGACUGGAAGAGGAUCAACCAGUACAGAAUCCGGAGCCCCAACCGGGACUAGAACCAGGGGUGCUGGCGCCGCAGGGGGAGGAUUAGCCUAGUGAGCCACAGCGCCGGCUGGGAAUUCAAAUUUUUUAAGAGAUUUAUUUUAUUUAUUUGAAAGAGAGUUACAGGGAGCUGGUGCUGUGGAGCAGUGAUUUAACACCCUGGCCUGCAGUGCUGGCAUCCCAUAUGGGCACCUAUUCCAGACCUGGCUGCUCCACUUCUAAUCCAGCUCUCUGCUGUGGCCUGGGAAAGCAGUAGAAGAUGGCCCAAGUCCUUGGGCCCCUGCACCCAUGUGGGAGACCUAAAAGAAGCUCCUGGCUUCAGAUUGGUGCAGUUCUGGCCGUUGCAGCCAAUUGGGGGUGAACCAUCGGAUAGAAGACUUCUUUCUCUCUCUCUGCCUCUCUUCUCUCUGUGUAACUCUGACUUUCGAAUAAAUAAAUAAAUAAAUAAAUCUUUUUUUUUAAAGAGAGAGUUACAGAGAGAGGUAGAGACACACAGAGAGGUCUUCCAUCCACUGGUUCACUCCCCAAAUUGUGACGGCUGGAGCUGAGCUGAUCCGAAGCCAGGAGUCAGGAGCUUCUUUCAGGUCUCCUACAUAGGUGCAGGGACCCAAGGAUUUGGGCUAUCUUCUGCUUCUUUCCCAAGCAUAUUAUCAGGGACUGGAUCAGAAGUGGAGCAUCUGGAACUCAAACCAGUGCCCACUUCUGGGAUGCUGGCACUGCAGGCAGCGGCUUUACCGGCUACGUCACAGUGCAGGCCCCAUCUAUACAACUUCUAUCAUGCCUGUAUCAUUGUUUUAGGGAACAGGAUGAGGUAUGGUUUUCUGAUGUAUGCCUAAAAUAGAAUCAAAUAGAAAAAAUCUGAGAUAUUUGUGUUUUGCCAGAUUAUCAGUAAUUUCCUCUGCAAAAUGCAGUAAUUCUUAACUGGGAAAAACCUAUGCAACCUUAUGGUUAAUGGUAUGGGGUAUAUGUGAUAAUUAGUAAUGAGCACCACUGUCUUCUUGGGGACACAGGGACUGUAACUGGCCUAGGCUCCCUCACCAGAUGAGUAGCCUAUUUGUACAUGUCUGCCUUGAAGAGUAAUUCAAAACUGUGUCUCAGAAAGCUGACAAAUUAUUGUGCAUCCAGUGCUCAAAAAAAGUCCCAAUCUCAAUGUCAGAUUCUUAUGUGUUAAACUUACUGUAUCAUCAUUGACUAUGUGGGUGGGGCUGAUCUUAUUCUCAUAAAUUACUCUCUGGGUGCAGAAGCUUGCUAUUAAAUUCGAUUGUUAGGGGGUGGGUGUUUGGCACAGCAGUUAGGUUGUUGUUUGAGACGCCCACAUUGGAAGUCAGAGUGCAGAGGUUUGAGUCCUGUCUCUGCUGCCAGUUGCAGCUUCUUGCUUAUGUGCACCCUGGAUGAAAGAAUGUGGUACCUUAAGCAGUCGGAUUCCUGCCACAGAUGUGAAAAAUCUGGACUGAUGUUUAACACAUAGAAGAAACUACAUUCAGACAUAACUGUUUGCAGGCUUGGGACGAAAGUCUUUCUGCUAUACCAUGUGGUUUUUCCAGCAUAGAAACAACAGUGACAUUUUUACUUUUUUAGAGCAUUGGUUUAGUUGACAGGAUAUUUUUUUUUUAUAUAUAAAAUUAUUUUAUUUGGGAGGCAGAAAGACAGGGAGAAGGAGGGCGGGAGAGAGAAAGAAAGCAAGCACUCUCAUCUGCUAAUUCACUCCUCAAAUGUUCGCAGUGACUAAUCCACACUGAGUAGAGGCUGAAGCUGGGGGCUCUAGACACACAAUCCAGGUAAUGCAGAUCUCCCACGAGGGUGGUAGGAACUCAACUGCUUGAGCUAUCACCACUGCCUCCUAGAGUCUGCAUCAGCAGGGAGCUUGAUUCAGGAGCCAGCUGAGAAUAUAGUAAUCUUAACCACUAGGCCAAAUGCCCACUCCUGAGAUAGAGUAUUUUGAAUUUCAAUUUUAACUUAAAAGUUUAAAAAUAAUCAAAAGCAUUUUAAUUGAUACAUACUGUACAUAUUUAUGGGUUAUGUGAUGUCUUGAUACAUGUAUACCUUGUAUAUGUUCAAAUCAUGGUAAACAUCUAUCUUCUCAGACAUUUAUUUUUAACAUUUAAGAAAUUUAACUUCUAACUUUUUCUCAUAACGUCUACCAGAAGUAAGAUGACUAGGUUAAAGAAAAAUGAAUUUAUUAUUUUGAUAAAUAUGGUCAAAUUUGUAAGUUUACACUCCAACCAGCCAGCAAUAGAGAAGGGGUAUAUUGCCAAACUUACUAACUUUGCUAAUAUGAUAGAUUAGAAAUUGUAGGCACCGGUGCUGUGGUGUAACAGGUAAAGCUGCUUCCUGCAGUGCUGGCAUCUUAUGUGGGCACCAAUUCGAUUCCUGGCUACUCUACUUCCGAUCCAGCUCUCUGCUGUGGCCUAGAAAAGCAGUGAAAACGGCCCAAGUCCUUGGGCCUCUGCACCCGCAUGGGGAACACGGAAGAAGCUCCUAGCUCCUGGCUUCGGAUUGGCGCAACACCAGCUGUUGUGGCCACCUGGGGAGUGAACCAGUGGAUGGAAGACCCCUCUCUCUCUCUGCCUCUGCCUCUCAUGUAACUCUGCCUUUCAAAUAAAUAAAUCUUAAAAAAACAGAAAUUGGGCCAGCGCCGCGGCUCACUAGGCUAAUCCUCCACCUUGCGGCGCCGGCACACCAGGUUCUAGUCCUGGUCGGGGCACCGGAUUCUGUCCCGGUUGCCCCUCUUCCAGGCCAGCUCUCUACUGUGGCCCGGGAGGGCAGUGGAGGAUGGCCCAAGUGCUUGGGCCCUGCACCCCAUGGGAGACCAGGAUAAGUACCUGGCUCCUGCCAUCGGAUCAGCGUGGUGCGCCAGCCGCAGUGCACUGGCCAUUGGAGGGUGAACCAACGGCAAAGGAAGACCUUUCUCUCUGUCUCUCUCCUCACUGUCCAUUCUGCCUGUAAAAAAAAAAAGAAACAAAACAGAAAUUGUAUAUCAGUGCAGUUAUGAAGUUGAGCAUCUUCUCACAUAUUUAAGGGUUGUUUGUGUGUAUAUAUGUAUAUAUAUGCAUGUGUGUUGUAUUUUCAUGUGUGCAUAUGUGCAUUCGCAUGAUCUAAUCAUGCCCUUGCUUCUUUUUCUCUUGGAUUUGUUCUUAUUCCAAUUUUAGCAUAUAUAUUCAAUAAAUCAUUUGUCUUUUAUAUGAGUAGCAAACAUUUUUCCAAAUGUGUCAUUUAUUUGUCUUUUGACUUUACCUCUGGUGGUCAUGUGGUGUCAUUUGGUGGUUGCUAUGUUUUACCACACAGAAGUCCAUUUUAUUUACUUACAAUUUAUUACCAUGAAAAGGUUAAUUUUAUUUACUUAAGUUUUAUCACCAUGCUAAAGUGAGUGGUACUGUGAACCCUCUUUCUGGGAAUAUGGUCCUUGGGUCAGACCAAGCCACAAAGAUUGAUGACCAAAACGCUGCUUUAUUACUUCUGACAUCUCCCACAAUUCCCCUCCUUGGAGAGAGCAGGAAUUGACUCACCAAUAACUUUCCUCAUUAGCCUUCCCUUUCCCAAGCUCAGGGUUUGAAGGAAGAGGAACUGAAACAAGCCAGGAGUUCAGGAAACCAUU